ACCGCCACUAACGAGAGAAGAACUCAGUGCUGUCAAAACGAUGAAUCAUUCAAAGCUACCCAACAAAAUACUUUCCAUAGGCAUGUGUGUAGGUUAUUAUUAGAUACAUGCCCAUGGUAGUGAUGGACCUGAAGCAGUACAAGGAAACGGAUUUUGCUAACGCAAUGUUAAUACAUCCAAAAGCAAAGGCAAAGGAUUCUACUGAGAGCAUGAAUGUGUUAUUAUAAUGGACUUGUCUUUCACAGAUCCUACGAUGGGAAAAAAGGAAAAAUCUAAGAAAGGAAAGGGCGCCGAAAAAACUGCGGCAAAGACGGCAAAGAAAGCCGAAAUGAAACACAAGAAGGAACUAUCGGAGAAAGGCGAGGAGGAUGUCGAGAAGCUGAUUGAGAAUUUUUUAUUGAUGGAUCGUCAAAAGGAGCGUGUAGCAGAAGAUCUCGUUGGCCCCCCAUCACAGAGAAGUGGAUGUUCAUUCCUUGCCAGCCCAGACAAAGAUCUACUUUAUCUAUUCGGGGGCAGUUACUUCAAUGGCCACAAGACGACGAUGUAUAAUGAAUUAUAUACAUAUAACAUUAAGAAAAACAAUUGGCUUCGUUUAACAACCCCAUAUGCACCACCUCCGCGUUGCUCUCAACAAUCUGUUAUUGUUGCACAAGGUGGUGGUCAAAUAUGGAUGUUUGGAGGGGAGUUUGCUUCACCCACGCAAUCACAGUUUUACCACUACAAGGACCUCUGGUGUUAUCAUAUAAAGGAAACACGGUGGGAAAAGGUUGACGCCAAAGGAGGGCCCUCAGCUCGCUCCGGUCACCGAAUGGUGACUAAUGGAAAAGAUAUUUUUCUUUUUGGAGGUUUUCAUGAAAGUCUCAGGAACGCUAUGUAUUAUAAUGAUGUGUACCGUUUUUCAAUCGGUGAUCGUCAGUGGACUAAAAUCGAGCCGGCAAAUCAGGGCCCAAGUCCACGAUCCGGUGUUCAGAUGGUCAUGCUGGAGAGCAAUAAGCUAAUGGUAUAUGGUGGUUACUCUAGAGAAAAACUGGGCAAGGAUGCUGAGAAAGGAAUAACAUAUAUGGAUAUGUGGUUCCUGCAAGAAGGCAGCAAAACGGGAAAUAUCGGGAAAUGGAAAUGGUCCUUGGUGAAACAAGGUGGUUGUCAACCGGGUCCGCGUUCAGGAAUGGCGGCUGUGUCCGGUCCUCAACCCAACAGGGCAUAUUUUUUUGGUGGCGUAUGCGACCGCGAGGAAGAUGAGGAGACAAUCACGUCAGUAUGUCUUGCCGAUCUGUACAUGCUAGAAACCGAUAGAGGAUUGUGGCGAGAGAUGAAUCUUAAAAAGGAGAUACCAAAGAAUACCGGUCAGUCAAUUAAAUCCGCGACUGAAUCUUUUCAAACGGAGCUCGAAGAGCAGCAGCAGCACGACGAGGUAAAAACAGACGGAAUCUUUACUGUUAGAAUCUCUUCUGGUGCAGCAGUAGGAGCAGCCAGUUGUGGUGACUUGAAACCGGAUAAGGACGAAAUACAAGAUGAUCGUUUCUGGCCUCAGCCACGUAUGAGUUCAUGUUUGGCUAUUAAACAUGGCGUCUUAUAUUUAUACGGAGGGAUAUUCGAAACAGGUGAUCAACAACUCGUACUACGUGAUAUGUACGCCAUCGAUAUUUAUAAGAUGGAUGAUUGGAAAAAGAUCAUUGAACUUAACGAGAAAGAGUUGGAAUGGUUCGACAGCGAUAGCGAAGAAAGUGAAGAUGAUAUUGACGCCGAGGAGUGUAAUGAUGAGAAAGGAGGUGCCAACGACGAAGAAGACGUAGGCCAUAAUUAGACCAUUUUAAAACCAGACUAACGGGUUUAACGCCUCUUUAGUUCCCGACUUUAACGAUAGAACUGUAUCUAUUAAUAAAACGGAUAUUGCUGAAUACUCCUUAAAAUUGUUAUAUUUCUACUGUAACGCUAAGUAUUUGCUGCACCAAAUUUUCUACACUAACGAAAUAUGAUUUCUUUAGUUUCUUUAGAAAUAAGAAGUUUUAGUCUCUCUAUCUUCUGCAGUACACAUCGUGAUAAAUCACUUAAAUACUUGGAAGCUAGUACGACCAAUCGAUUGUACUCAGUUACUCUUAAAGUUUGCAAUCUAUAUGCAGUAUAUAUUAGCGUAAAUGACAACUCUGCAGAUGGCCUACAGCUUGCUAAUAGACGUGGGAGUUCAAAUUGCAUAAAAUCUAAACUGAACAUGUGGGAUCCAUUUGUCGUUUUUAGUUCGUCAUCUCCUAACCACUUCGUCGCAAAAAAAACAGUUGAGGAUCUUUGGUUUCGUAUUAAUCCGAAAAGCUUGACUCCAUUUGUCAUUAAUUAAGAAACCCUUAGCUGAGCAAAACGAUAUAUUAAAGUGCAGUUUUUUUUUUAAAAUUUAGUAUGAA